AUGCGUCACUUCCGCCUAAAGUGCCCGGAUGAUCGUACCUUUAGGGGCCAGUGAACGCAGCUACAGUGGCUGGUUGGAGCUUAAUUCAACAGUGAGGGACUCGGAGCGGAUUGAAGCUCCGCUGGAUUAAUGUGGACAGGAAAACGCGGAGUCGCAGCAGGACUACGACAAGCGAAGAAGCGAAGUGACAGCGACCUAGUGCUGCUGCUAACCGCUUAACUGUUAGCAAAGUAACGCGGAGAAGGAGAGAGAGAGCGCGCGAUACAGAGAGAGAGAGAGAGAGAGAGAGCUUCUCCAGCUAUUAGCCUGUCCACAGAGCGGAGUUUGUGCAGCGUACACACUGUGCGUAUUGUCAGAAUUGAACACAACACCUGGUGGAUGAAUGAUGUCUGCUGCUAGCAUUGAUCCUCAGACAUCAAAAGGACAAGAUGCAGGCAAAGCUUUUCCAGUUUCUGUUCAGAACGGCUCCAUCCAUCAAAAGGAUACAGUCCAUGACAGUGACUUUGAGCCUUAUCUCACUGGACAGUCCAAUCAGAACAACAGCUAUCAGUCCAUAACAGACCCGUACCUGUCCAGCUACUAUGCUCCCUCUAUUGGAUUUCCUUACCCACUCAGUGAGGCGCCUUGGUCUACAGGUGGUGACCCACCAAUUCCUUACCUGACACCCUAUGCCCCCCUCAGCAAUGGAGACCAUCACUUUAUGCAUGACACAGUAUUUGGCCAGCCAGGUGGGCUCAGCAACAGCAUCUAUCCUCACAGGUUUAACUUUUUCCCAGAGAACCCAGCUUUUUCUGCUUGGGGCACUAGUGGUUCUCAGGGCCAACAGACUCAGAGCUCAGCCUAUGGGGGAAGUUACAGCUACCCACCCAGCUCUUUAGGAGGCACCCUGGUCCCUGAUGGUCAGACAGGUUUCCAUAGUGACACACUGAGCAAGGCUCCAGGUAUGAACAGCCUAGAGCAGGGCAUGCUGGGCCUAAAAAUAGGUGGAGAUGUGACAGGAAGUGGUUCAGGUGUUAAGAAUGCUGGCUCUGUGAUUGGUGGAGGUGGCAGUAUAGCUGCAGCUGUUGCUACAGGCAACGGUGGCACACAGAUUGGAAUGCUCCCUCCAAAACCUACAUCGUGGGCUGCUAUAGCCAGUAAACCUGCCAAGCUGCAACAACAAAAGACCAAGAACAAGACUAGCACACCCUUAGCUGGAGGAGUUCUGCCUCCACCUGCCAUUAAACACAACAUAGACAUAGAUACAUGGGAUAAUAAAGGUAUCCCUACCAAGAUGGCCCCUCCUCUGCCCCACCACCACCACCACCAACAGCAUCCACCACAACUACACUCUCAUGCUCCCAGUCUGCUACCUCCCCUUCAACAGUCUAUUCAGUCUGCUCAGUCCCUUGUGCAACAGAUGACCAUGCAGGGUCCUCCUCCACCUCCUCCUCAGCCUUACCAGAACCACAACUCUGCCCCAGCACCCCAGACUCGCUGGAUUGCACCACGUAACCGCAACUUGUGUUAUGGUGGUGGAAGCUUGGACAGCAGCGGCUCCUCUAAUGGUGGUGGUGUUGGCAAUGGGUGUGGGGGAGGUAUGGGUGGUCCCCCAGAGCUGGGUUUAGAGUCCCACCCUGUGUUGGAGAAGCUACGAGCGGCCCACAGCUACAACCCCAAGGACUUUGACUGGAACCUGAAGAACGGCCGUGUGUUUAUCAUCAAAAGCUACUCUGAGGAUGACAUCCACCGCUCCAUCAAGUACUCCAUCUGGUGCAGCACAGAACACGGCAACAAGCGCUUGGACUCAGCCUACAGGGCAAUGAACUCUAAAGGGCCUGUCUACUUGCUGUUCAGUGUCAACGGCAGCGGCCAUUUCUGCGGCGUUGCAGAGAUGCGCUCUCCAGUGGACUAUGGUACCAGCGCUGGUGUUUGGGCACAGGACAAGUGGAAGGGCAAGUUUGAUGUGAACUGGUUGUUUGUUAAAGACGUGCCUAAUAGCCAGCUGCGCCACAUCCGCCUGGAGAACAAUGACAACAAGCCAGUCACCAACUCACGUGACACUCAAGAGGUUCCUCUGGAAAAGGCAAAGCAGGUGCUCAAGAUUAUCGCCCAGUAUAAACACACCACCUCCAUCUUUGAUGACUUCUCCCACUAUGAGAAGAAGCAGGAGGAGGAGGAGGUGGUGAAAAAGAGCUAUGAACCUUCAUCAAUACAGAGCCGAUCCCGACUCACUCAGGAUCGCCAGAAAUAAACUCUAGAAGAUGGCUUCUGAAAGUUUGUUUGUGCUUGGGUGGAUGUACUAAAACUUAGAUUUCAAAAUAAAACACAAGGACAUACACAAAAUGAAAACUAAUAUUUUUUUCUAUUUAAGUUCUUUGACUUUGGCCCAUGUCAAACUUUUGAGCCAUUGCUCCCAGUUCCCCAAUCUUGUGUGUGCAGGGAUGAAGCUAGUUCCAUCAGUUGAAUCGCUUCAAUAUAUUUUCUUGUUUUUUCUGUAUUUUUUUAGCCUUAUAAAUCUCUAUCGCUACCCAAGGACUCGUAUUUUUAACUAAAUAUAAAUAUCUGCACGUCUGUUUUGAAAAUCUUUUGACAUCAUGCUGCUGAAAUUCAGUGACUGUUCACUUUGUGGUUUGUGUGUUGGAGAAAUGUUAAGUGCUUGUAUUGGUUGAUCUUAAUGAGUGAACAGCACCUUAUUGACAAAUGUCUGCUAUCUGUGUGUGGCCAGUUGUAUUUUAUAUUAUCAGGAGGAAAAAAAGAACCUGUAUAAUGCUCCUUGCUUUCAGAUGAGGGGCGUCUUACUAUGGUGGAAGAAUGUGUACACUGAAAGUUUCUGUAUGCGUAGACAUAAUCGUGACAAGGUUGUGACGUUGAGAAAGAUUUAAAUGUUAGAAAAAUAUUUUGAAAAUUGUAUCACCUGACUUACUAAGUUAAAUUGAACGUUAAGUGGAGGCUUUUCCUUUCCCUCCAGAUUGGAGCCUUAACAUUUCUUUUCAGCAGUAGUGUAACUGUAAAUGAAUUUAGAAUUUUUUUUUUUUUUUUUUUUUUACUGUACCUCGAAAAUUUCAACCAGAGUUUCAGGGAAAAGAGGUCUAGAGAUCAAAAUGCUCUUGAAAGUGGUCCCUCUCUUUCUUCUUUUAUAGGACGGGAUACAAACUUACUGUCUGAGUUCAGAUUUAUACCGACACAAUUUGCUUUGUGUCUCAUUCUGUUACAGUGACGUUGAUUUCCUCCUGUUCCCAGCUGUUCUAACAGGAGUGUUUAUGAAAUGAUGGAGGCGAUGUAGCAUGUACUGCUUUUAAAACUUAGUCCAGGCCUGUAUCUUUGUUUUUUUGUUACUUGUUCUUACUUAACAUCAUUAUAAUGCUGGCAUUUUCACCAUUUUCAUCCAAUAUAAUUAACUAUAACCUGUCCACGUCAUCCUCAGAAAAUGUAAGCUUUAAUGUAUCUGCAUUUCUAACUGAGAUCGCCUCAAAAUGUAAACUGUAGCAUUAUACUUAACUGAUUUAUUGUCAAGUGUAUGAAAACCCAGAGACUAGCCUAUAUGGUAUAUGUUUGUGAUCUUUUUUUUAUUGCUUGCUGUAUUGUGUGUAUGUGUAUGCAAGAGUGAAAGAAAAGAGAGGGAGUAUGACUGUGGAGCAAUCAGAGUUAUAUAAUGAUAUUGGAGUAUAGAAAAUUUAUGCAACAAAAAAAGUUUUAAGUCACCCCUGAAUUAAAUAUCUGUUGUACCAGAGGUCGCUAUCACAUUCUUAGAUUUGAUCAUGUUCAUUAUUAAAGAUAUACUUAUCUGUU